AUGGAAGAGGUAGCCACUCACUGGGAUAAUGCAACCCGAGAAGCAGUGAUGCACUGGGACAAUGGAGUUGAACUUACAGUGUAUGCUCCUCCCAGCCACCCCCGGACAGAGGAAAUGCAGGAAGAAGAAAAGAGAUCCCCACCUCACUCCCCUUUUGUGGCUUGCAGUGGUGUGCGGGAUGAGUUCGCCUUCGCUGCCGCUGACCUGGGUUUUGAGCAGGUAGAAGACCUGUGGACGGCUCCCAAGGGCCCCUUGCUACAGGUGGAAGCGGAGAAAGGUGGAGGAGCUGGAACUGAUGCUGAAGAGCCAUCGUCCAAUGGAUAUCCCACUGUAAGCAUCAAAGACGAUGUCACCAAAACCAGCUCUGCAGGGGUGCAGAAACGAGUCACGCCCGUGUCCCCGAUCUCCUGGACUAAAUCCCACACUCUCACCGUACCAGGAGUGUCUGUGGCUCCAAAGAGGAAGAAGCUGCCUUCCCAGGACGACAGCCUAGAGGAUUUAAUCGUGCCAUCCCCACUUGAGUCUCCAGACAGAGCCUCACCUGGCGAGAGAAAAGACUCGCCAGAGCGAGCAGGGUCAUCAGCAAGCCAGAACAGUACAGUCAUCAAUGACCGGCUGCAGGAGCUUGUGAGGCUCUUUAAAGAAAGGACUGAGAAAGUGAAAGAGAAACUGAUUGAUCCAGAUGUUACUUCUGAUGAUGAUGACGACACCCCUGUGGCAUCUCCUUCCAAGAAAACCUCUCAAGAACCACCACCAGCGGAAGAAAAAGCAACUGACGCUGCGAAAGCUGAAGUGGAAGAACAUUACUGUGAGAUGCUGUGCUGCAAAUUCAAACGCCGCCCCUGGUUAGACCGUGUAAAAAAUUACCGGUUCCCAAGCAGUAUAGACCCUCUCACCAAUUUGAUGUAUGUGCUGUGGCUGUUCUUUGUUGUUCUGGCCUGGAAUUGGAACUGCUGGCUAAUUCCAGUACGCUGCACCUUUCGAUACCAGACACCUGAAAAUCUCCAUUCCUGGCUAAUUGUAGACUAUCUCUGUGACCUCAUCUACUUUCUGGACAUCAUUGUCUUUCAGGUCCGCCUGCAGUUUGUUCAAGGAGGCGACAUAAUUACUGAUAAAAAGGCCAUGCGGCAGAACUACCUGAAAUCCCGACGCUUCAAGAUGGAUGUGAUCUGCCUUCUUCCUCUGGAUUUCUUUUACUUCCAAGUUGGUGUAAAUUCUCUCUUGCGUUUGCCUAGAUGCCUAAAGUACAUGGCUUUCUUUGAGUUUAAUAACCGGCUUGAAGCUAUCCUGAGCAAGGCAUAUGUUUACAGAGUGAUAAGGACCACAGCCUAUCUACUAUUCAGCUUACACAUAAACUCAUGCCUGUACUAUUGGGCAUCAUCAUACCAGGGACUGCGUUCCACCAGUUGGGUCUACGACGGGGAGGGAAACAGUUAUAUUCGCUGUUACUACUGGGCUGUCAAGACUCUGAUUACUAUUGGAGGUCUGCCUGACCCUCAAACUCUGUUUGAGAUAGUCUUCCAGCUUCUGAACUACUUCACUGGGGUCUUUGCUUUCUCUGUUAUGAUCGGGCAGAUGAGAGAUGUCGUUGGUGCUGCUACCGCAGGACAAACUUAUUAUCGGAGUUGCAUGGACAGCACCGUCAAAUACAUGAAUUUCUACAAAAUCCCCAAAUCCGUUCAAAAUCGGGUCAAAACAUGGUAUGAAUACACAUGGCAUUCACAAGGCAUGUUAGACGAAUCGGAGUUGAUGGCGCAGCUGCCAGACAAGAUGCGGCUGGAUAUUGCUGUUGAUGUGAACUAUGAGAUAGUUAGCAAGGUGGCGCUCUUUCAGGGCUGCGACAGGCAGAUGAUUUUCGACAUGUUGAAGAGGCUCAGAUCUGUUGUUUACUUACCCAAUGACUAUGUGUGCAAGAAGGGGGAAAUUGGCCGAGAGAUGUACAUCAUUCAAGCUGGACAGGUGCAGGUCCUUGGAGGGCCUGAUGGCAAAACUGUGCUUGUGACUCUGAAAGCUGGAUCUGUGUUUGGAGAAAUAAGCUUGUUGUCAGUGGGAGGUGGAAAUCGACGCACGGCAAAUGUUGUGGCCCAUGGAUUUACUAACCUUUUCAUCUUGGAUAAGAAAGACUUGAAUGAAAUUUUGGUGCAUUAUCCAGAAUCCCAGAAGCUGCUGCGUAGAAAGGCUAAGAAAAUGCUGAAAAAAAACAAUAAACCCAAAGAAGGAAAAGGCACGUCAAAAGAUGUGCUUAUCAUUCCUCCAAAAGUUGGGACUCCUAGACUCUUUCAAGCUGCUCUGGCAGCUGCAGGAAAGACUGGAGGCAAAGGAAAGCUUGCCCACCUCAGAUGGAAAUUGAAGGAGCUGAAAGCAAUGCAAGAUAUGCAAGAUAUGCAGAAUUCCAGUUCCACUCCAAUUCCACCAAAAUCACCAGUCCACUGUCGUUCACCUAAUGCCUCCUGCAAAUCAGAUGACCCAGCUGGUGAGGAUAUCAUCUCAAAGUCUCCAGAUAACUCAGUCUUAAUUCGCAUGAGUCCUAUCCCACAAAGCAAUGAACAGGUUCUUUCUGUGGAGGUUCCAGACAAGGAAGAAAAUAAAUGAAAAACAAACACUUGUCCCCUGUCCCUCCUAGAAAGCCACUCCAUGAGUUUCAGCUGGACAACUAUAUCCUAUAGAAGCUUUUACUGGUUACCAAUUUCUGUGCAAUGGCUAGAGGCUUCGCUCACUAAGACAGCUUGGUAUGCUCUGCCUUCUUGUGUACUUGCACCACGAGACUGCAGUGGAUAAGGCUCUUUGCCAUGGGGCCUAGAGUUGUAGAAAACAUCUGCACCCUGGAAGUCAACUUUUAUUGAAUUCCUUUAUAAACAUUCCCACUAAAUACCUGGCCAACCCUCUAGCCUCCCCAGCCAGCCUGACAGUGAGGGAGCCUUACAGUAAUGAAUAUUGGCUUUUUACAGUUCUGAACGGCUAGUGUCUUACUGCAUCAAAUAUCAAUGCAUCCCCUUUUUAAGGUUGCAGUUUUUUCCCCUUAAUGUGACUCAUAAUUUCCUAAAAACAAACAGAAGAAAAGCUGAUUUCUGUCCAUUUGAUGCAAGGUCGUCUAGAUGAUGUUGUGUAAGACAUGGAAAUAACUGAAAAAACAACAUGGUUCAAAAUAAUAUUAAUGAAAAAAUAGGAUAACUGAUAUCAACCCGAAAGACAGGCCUUCUCCCAAGUUCAGAAGACAGACAUGCAAACAAACAUGGACUUUGUGUCAGUGGUGUGCGUGUCACCAUAUGAACACAGCUUGGUUUCACACCUAUCAACAUUUUUAAUAACAUCUUUGCAAUUCUUUUAUAUUACUUACUUGGAUCUCAGUUCCUUUGCCUAUAAGGAAGCAGGCUACUGCUUUGCACAAUGCUUAUUGUAAUACUGAGCCGUGCUUGUUGUCUCUUUGGUUCAAUGUUCAGCCAAUAGAAAGAUCUGUGGUCAGGACUCGAGUUGAAAAAAAAAUUAUUUCUUUGUUCAGUGUCUGAACCAAGAAAUUUCAUUUGGGUUGAACACAACGUUUCUCUUCCUUUUUGCAUAAAGAAAAAAACCCCACGGUUUGCUACGUGGAGCAAUUCCAAAAUGUAUUAAAAUGUAAUUUCACUCAUUCAGCAAUUAUUCGUGCUUUAAUUACUGGUGCAGAGCUCACCUGUUCCAGUAUAGAAUGACCAUGCUGCUAAAUAAGUAGGAUGGCACUUGUAAGAGCCUCUUUUACAGGAGAAGAUGCAUAUGAAAUGAUUGAUCUUUACCUUAAACCUUCACAAUUUAUUGUAAUGCUUCCAAGAAUGGUCCUCAGAGAAUAUAUAGGGCUUCUCUGAGGGGCAGCGAUAAAUAUCAGUGCUGAUUAGCAGCAUCAUGGUUACACUUUCUUAGAGACAUCAGCACAUUUAAGGAACUCAGAUAUGUUACAAGUAAAGCUGAAGUCACCACUGCUCUUAACAUUGCACAUUCUUGUACAUUCUUUACAAUUUCCAACAUUUUAGUGAAAAGUGUAUAGUAUUUUUUCACUAUAUGGACAUUUAAAAAGUCAAAAGAGGAAAUCUGUGCAAAACCUGUAAGUGAAAAUGGGGUUUUGAUUGCUGGAUAUAUUUUGAUAUGGUUUAUAAGGAUAGUUUAAAUGAAUAAUAUGCCAUCUGCUGCAGUGGCUUUCAUAUUCUAAAGCAUUUUCA